GGGCAGAGCUGGUGGAUGUCAUUUUGAACGCUAGCAACUACCGAGAGGUGAUAACUUUGUGUUUUCAUUCACACCACGGUAUUUAUCCAUAUAUCGUUAUCUCUGUAAUCCAUGGCUGGUACGACAGUUGGCAAUGUACUCAUGCUGUCAACAACUGGUCAACGCUGAGGCGUCUUGAAGCUACAGCUAAAAAAGCUAUUUUUCACGGUUUGUGAGUUUUGCAAGCUAUCCAACUCAUUUAUAUUUGUUUUAACUCUUUUUGUUCAUUUGUAUUGUAUUUUUGAAAGUCUUGUUACAUUGUUGGGAAAAGUUUUUCUAUUUUCAUACCAAUAUCUCACUCCAGACGUUAUAUUUUGGUAUAAUUAGGAAGACAUACACUGUUUCAAUCUCUGUCCCUUUUGUUUAAAUUCUCUUUUGUGUUAUUUUGAACUAUUCAACUCGGUGUGAAACUUAUAGGACGCAGCCCUACAAUGUUAGAUGGUGGUCAGUUUGUGGAGGCCCUGGGCCGCCUGGGUUACCCUGGCGCUCCAUCACUGAAGGCAUUAGAGUUUGAUUGGCUGUUUGACUGUGCACCUGAGAACCUCCAUUUUCUGCGAUUUGUUUGUCGAACCCUCAACUCAAGCAAUGUUCUUACUUUGGAGGAGGCUCAAGCCUUCCAGGAGCUACAAAAGUCUGGCAAACCAAUUUUAGAUGAGGCAGCUUUGGGGGAAGUCCUCAAAACCAUUGGCCCAUCAGAUGGAAGUGCUACAAGCUCAGUUUCAUCCUCAGUGUUUGCAGCAGAUGGAGAAGUAAGUUCAGAAGAUUUGGAAGCAGCACUGAAAGCACUGCAUAAAGAGAAGGACUUGAAGCAAAAACGCUACAAUAGGCUACAGCUUGCAGCAACCUCACGGGCCGAUGUGGACCUGCAGCUCGCUGCAGAAAUGGAAAAGACUGCAAGUAGAUUAAAAGAAGCAAACGCUUCGAUUGGCGCUGAAAAUGCACACACUAACACAAUUUUGCAAAAUCUCACAGAUGAGGUGAAAGAUGUUGGUUCAUAUUUAGGUGUUGAAUGUGACAAAAAUGGACAAAGUGAAUCUUUUACAACAGUCUCCCAGCGUUCUUCUGUCCUCCUCUCUCAGCUGUCUUUGGAUCCAUAUCUGCAACAGGAAGAGCUCAAUACCAAAACACUUGCUGCCUUCACACAGAAGCAUUUCUUCAAAGGCAUCACUCAUAUUGUGGAUGCUUCCCAUUUGGGGCGCCUCCAGCUGCUGGACCUCAGCUCAUGUGAGGAUGAGGGAGAUUGCGUGUACUCUGUAGCCAAAGACAGUGAGGAGCUGGUGGUGGAGCAAAGAAGGACCGAAAUGGCCCGACUCCAGUGGGCUCAUAUAGUCGCCCAUUACCAGCUAAUGCAAGCCCUUGCAGAAGAGAAGAGCCUUAAAACUGGGCUGGACUGGCUUUCUGAGAAGUCCUCUCAUGUCAAGAGCAUUUCAAUGUCAUCCUCACUCCAUAUUCGUGAUGCUGUGGUGAAGAAGGAACUGCAGGCUGUGGAAGCAGAACUGGAGGCUCUUCUCCAAGGCCCAGUCCUUGUGGCCCUCAGGGAGACUGCGCGACAGGUCAAUGUCCCUGUUGUGAGGGGAGACAUGGCUUUGCAGCUUGCAAGGCAAGACUACUACACACAAAGACAAAACAAGGUGCGUGACUACCUCCUCCGUCAAAAGGCAUCAUUUGAUCUGCUGUACUUGGCUCAGGAGAUGGAGUUGAGAAGGUGGAAAACUUGCUUGGAGGUGCUAGAAGAAGUCUGCUGCAAACUGGUGAAUGAUAGUGAAGAGGUGUCACUUAGAAUUGAUACACUAGCUCACCCCGACCUUACAAUCAACCCCAGACCAAAUCCUAUUAUCAACAGCAAGGAUGUGGCAUUUAGCAGAUUACUCCAGAUUCUUGACCAUAACUCAAACCAUAGUCGUUCUGAGCCCUUUCGGACAUACGAAGCUUUAAACCAGGCUGCCCGGGACCUGUCCGCAGAUCUCCAUACAACUCAAGAUGUCUUAGCCAGAGCUAGCCAUGAGCAGUUAUACACAGGAGCCCGUCUCCAUGGCGACUGUGAGGCGCUGCACAGGGCCAUGUACACAGAGCUCCAGCAGCUGGUCUUAGGGCCUCAGGUACGUCCACUGGCCUCAGACCAGCCGCAGCUCUGUCCAAACGCACAGGAACUGGCCACAAAGCUCCUGGAGGCUGAGUCCCAGUUGCAGAGUCUGCAGCAGGUGAUGCAAGAAAUCAUGAGCGAGGUCAAAUUCAAACGUUUGCAACUCGAUCGCAGCAAACUCCUGAGACUGGAGAGGGAGCUGUACAUCUACUUCCACUUAGAUGCCAGACUACUGCAGAAAGUAGUGGAGGACCUAGAGGCCAAAAUGUCCACAAAAGACUAGCAAAUAUUUAGUUCUGAAUGACUGUUCAAGUUUGUAAUGCUCUUCAUUUUGACUUAAUUAAUCCAGUAUGUGUAGCAAAUGUGUAAAAUGUGUUUUUAUGAUUUGUCCUGUUAAUUAUCAUGAAAUAAAUUACUUGCCAUUUCAG